AUGUCGCCUUUGCCUUUCGUUCAGAUUAUGCUAAUCAAGACAACAUUCCUUGAUUUGAAGAUGUUGAGUGAUAUGCCAAGUAUAAAAGAUUUACCAAUCAGCCCUUUGUUCAGUACGGUAACUGGUCUGUGUUCUAUGCCUCCAAGAAGCCAAGACGGCGGAACAACGUGGAAAAUGCCACGAACAGCAAAACCAUUUUCUCCAUGGCGGGAGAACUGUUUGUUGGCAAGAAGCUUAUGCAAAUUAUUGCAUCUGAUAUUGAAUGGACGUAUCCAUUCGUGGAAAGAGCCACCACCGAUAAAGGAAGCAAAUGUCCUGAUGCAAGAAGCCGAAAUUGAAGCGUUUAGACUUCGAGGAGAAAUGUGUGAAGGGCUCUGGGAACCAAAAAAAAGGUCUGCGAACUACCAUAAUGGUGGUUAUAAUGGAGAGUCGAGUGCAAGCACGCAAAAAAUGGGCAUGGAUACAAAUUGUGAAGAGCAGGAAGGGAUGCCUCGAGAAACAACUUGA